UUAGAAAAGGGUUUAGAAUACUUAUACAAAAAGAGUAAUUUCAAAUUAAAUGUGGUUUCGAGCAGUUGGAUUAAUCACAUCAAAAUCAUCGUCAUUUCCACUAAUAUCAUUUGACUUUUCAGUAAUAGUAUCAAGUGUUCUAAGUCAACAUUGGGUGGUUUGUUUGCUGUAUUCACAUCGAUCUAUAUUUUGGCAUCUGAAUACACACUAAAAUCGUAACAAUGUUCACAUUAAUGGUGUUUUUGACCCAGGCUUACUCAAGGAUGGCACGGCGAGGUCCGCGUCCAUUGGUAUUGUGUGGACCAUCAGGUUCCGGCAAAAGUACACUGCUAAAACGUCUAUUUGCUGAAUUCCCAGAAACGUUUGGAUUUAGUGUAUCGCACACAACUCGAAAACCACGUCCCGGAGAAGAGAAUGGAGUUCAUUAUCAUUUUGUGGAACGUGAUGAUAUGAAAGCAGCUAUUGCAAAAGGUGAAUUUUUGGAAACGGCCGAGUUCAGUGGAAAUAUGUAUGGAACAAGCAAACAAGCCGUACGAAAUGUACAAGAUGCUGGAAAAGUGUGUGUACUCGAUAUUGAAAUCGAAGGCGUCAAACAAAUUCGUAACUCAGAUUUGGAUCCAUUGCUAGCAUUUGUAAUGCCACCAUCUAUUGACGAAUUGAAACGCCGGCUGGUUGGACGUAACACUGAAACACAAGAAAGUUUACAAAAACGCUUGGACACUGCAUCUCGUGAGAUUGAAUAUGGCAAAACAGAAGGUAAUUUCCAUACCAUUAUCCUGAAUCAUGAUGUCGACAAAGCUUACAAAGAACUUCGCGAUUUCAUUCUGAAGGAGCUCAAACAACAACAAGCCCAUGGUGUUUAUGUUUGCUUGAAAACUGCAGCUGACAAAUAAAUUGUAUUAUUUCCAUAAACUACAAUUGUUAUAUAUAACAUCAAUUGUUUUUAUUUCAUAAUAUCAUACAAUGGUUUACACGGACGGCCAAA